AUAGCUGGAACAUUUUGUUUAGGAAGCCAAAAUAUUUAGAACGGCUGGACGGACAGCCUAUGGUGCAUCAGCAGGUUUAUCAGCAACUUUAGCAUUUUAAUAACAACACUUCUGCCAUUUUAAACAGGCAGAGGUUUAACUUCUCCGCACCUCGUCCAGUAAGACGUAAGAACGGCCAACUUUAUUUUUGGUAAGACCUAAAGUAAUGACAGAUAAACACGUUAUCGCUUCAUGCUUUUUACAAAAAAGAAGUUAUGGAUACAUGCGACAGGAAGAGAAGAAGAAAGGUAAGCGGUAGAAUGUGGAGCGGCAGGCGCUGCGUGGCCGCCAAGAUGAAGCGGGAGGCGGUGAAGGUCCUCCGCUCUCUCACAGUGGAGAACAACAACAAGCGCCCUGACGCCAUGGACGAGGAAGAGGACGAAGACUGUUUCUCUGUCUCCUUCCUGAGGAAUGACCCCUCCAGAACGGCUGCGGCCGUGACUCCACGGUACAGCCUGCUCCAGGAGGUGGGUCGGGGAAGCUACGGAGUGGUGUACGAGGCCGUGGCCAGGAAAACAGGGGCCAGGGUUGCGGUGAAGAGGCUCCAGUGCGACGCCCCAGAAAACAUCGAACUGGCCUUGGCCGAGUUCUGGGCCCUGACAAGCCUGGAGAACCGACACCAGAAUGUGGUUCAACUAGAGGAGUGUGUGCUACAGAGGAACGGCCUGGCGCAGAAGAUGAGCCAUGGUAACAAGAAGUCCAAGCAGUACCUGCGCCUGGUGGAGACCUCUCUCAAAGGGGAGCGCAUCAUUGGUUACCCAGAGGAGCCAUGCUAUCUUUGGUUUGUCAUGGAGUUUUGCGAAGGUGGAGACCUCAACCAAUACAUCUUGUCUCGGCGACCCGACCCCCAGACCAAUAAGAGCUUCAUGCUCCAGCUAACAAGUGCCAUCGCUUUCCUGCACAAGAACAACAUUGUCCACCGGGAUCUGAAGCCAGACAACAUUCUCAUCUCACAGAAAUCUGGUUCUCCUGUACUUAAGGUGGCAGACUUUGGCCUCAGUAAAGUUUGUGCUGGACUAAACGUUAAGAACAGUGAAGAAGAUCGUACAACAAAAGCUGGUGGAAAAGAGAGCAACCAGAAUGUCAUUGUCAACAUAAACAAGUUCUGGUUGUCGUCAGCUUGUGGUUCAGACUUCUACAUGGCCCCGGAGGUUUGGGAGGGCCACUACACAGCUAAAGCUGAUAUCUUUGCCCUUGGCAUCAUCAUUUGGGCAAUGGUUGAACGUAUAACAUUCAUUGAUGCAGAGUCGAAGCGUGAACUGUUGGGCACUUACGUUCGGCAGGGCUCUGAGAUCAUACCUGUUGGGGAAGCUCUGCUGGAGAACCCCAAGAUGGUUCUCCACAUCCCUCAGAAGGCCAGAAGCUCUAUGUCUGAGGGGGUAAAGAAACUCCUUCUGGACAUGCUUGCUGUAAACCCUCAGGACCGACCGGAUGCUUUCCAACUGGAAAUGCGGAUGGAUCAAGUCAUUUGUGCUGCGUGACGAACAUCUCCAGACCUUUCCUUGUCUACCCAUAACUAUCAAAGAAGGGCCCAUUUCCUUUCCAGCUUUGUUGACUACAUGGCCAUGGACUAGUAGGGGACGAAGACUCUGUCAACCUGAAAUGUGAAGAUUUACAAUCCUGAGCUGAGCUGCAAGUGACAAACUAGACAUUUUUUCCAAAACUCUGGGAGUUAAAAAUAGGCAAAUAAACCAUUUACAGUCUCUUUUAGUCUCUAUAUGUACAAUGGAGAGAUGGACAUGUCAGAGUGCUGGCUAGGUAAGAAAGCAGCUUUCAUUUCGUAAUGUAGUUCUUUUUUGUUGUACGAGGCUGUUCUUCCUUAACAUUUGUACUGUACUGAACUGUGAUGCAGAUAUCUGACUGUAGUGCUUCAGUGUUCUUAUUGGACAAAACAUUUAUAGGAGUAAUAACUCUGAAGAACAGGUGACUGCUACUCCCAAACAGUCAUGUGCCUUUGAGAGGAUUCACACCAUGUGCGAUGGAAUCUUUGCAAGAAUUCCCUUAGCAGGUUCUUAACCAAGAUAGAAAUCUUAGAAGUCUGUUAACUUGUGAAGUUUCAGGCUGAUGGAAUGUGCAACUGGUGAACUAAUUCUUGUUUUUAAUGUUGUGACACUUUUUGAAUGAUUUAAUAAGCAGGGAUAAUGUCAGAUGUGAAUGUCAUAAACUGAGGCCCCUCUUGUAUCUAAACAUUGAGGCGCAAUUAGGAAUCAGAAAAAUAUCCCAAAAGUCUAAAUAAAGAUGUGCAUAAAUAAUUUCCAAAUCUGUGCCACAUUCCCAAAGGCAGAGGGUAAUGAAAUUUUAAUGGUGGUGGUGUUGAGUUGAACUAGACGGCCAUUCAACCUGUGCAAUUGUAACCAAACAAGCAGCAUUUAAAACCCGUCUUAUUGGGCAUAAGUUCCUAUUUAAUCCAAAGAGCCCCUGUUGGACCAAAUGCACAUGCAGUUUUCUUUGCAGUAAGAUAUUUCUUAUGGGUAAUCCAUGACCAAGGCACCUCUUUCUGAUGGUUUUACAGCUCUAGCAGCUGUUUUGGCAAUCAAAUGUUUUUCUGUUGAGUGUGACAUUUUGGACUCUUACCAAACUAAAAGGAAAAUCUCUAAAUAAAUUUAUAAAUAUUUACAGCAAAGCACCAUUAUAUUUUCUUUGAUGGGUUUCAUAUGGAUGAUUUGAAGUGGAUUACUUUGUAGGUUUACACGUGAGCAGUAUUGAGUGUUAAAAUAUUUCACUAAAUGAUAUGAUUCGGGGGUUUCUUAAGGAAUUUUGAAGAUGCCACCUAAGAAUAAUUUCCAAAGGCACCAAGGAUCCUCAUACCUUUCUGUUUCCUUCCCUCUUUUUAUUAAGGUGAUCUGAACUCAGUGGGACAAACUGCUGCUUUGGUUGUAGCCUGCUGACUGUUUAGACAGGAAACCGUAGGGGGGUAUGGGCUCCACUGCAACAGAGCCCGAAAGGUAAAUGAAAAAUACAUGGCUUAAAGAAUUUUCAGGGAAACAAAGGAACAAAAUGCUGACAGAAAGGGGAGCAUUUAAGAUAGUAAGUCUGAAAAAUUAUAAGCAUCCACUCUUUCAGAGUACUUCAGUGACUUGACAGUAGUUGGACACUCUGAGACAUGUUUAUUUCUUUGUAGCUUGAUCCUACCUCAUGCUUAACACUCAUUACCCUUAACUCUUAUUUGAGUAACCUUCUUUUCAUUUUUGAAAAAAGCGUCGCUUUGGUUGAGUGACAAAGAUUCUUACCUUAGACUCAAUGUCUGAGGGCUCAUCUUGUGAUGUUCUGGCUGAAAGUUAAAACCUUUUAAAUCUGCCGUAUGUUGUGUUCAUUCAGAAACUGCAGCCCCAUAAGGGUUUUAUGAGGACUUUCUCUAAAGCCUGAUCAUGUUUUUUUAAAUAAAUGGCACAUCUGGCCAUAUUUCCUAAAGUUUAAAUACAAGAAUUUGCAAAUUUCUUCACAUUUGUUUUUGUGAAAGAUAAUGAUUUACAUUAAGUGAAGACAAAUAUCAAUAUGGUGGGUGACAUUUUAUUGGUCAGCGGCAGGCUUCACUGAAUUAAGUAUAUUGUUCAAUCCCACGACAACAUUCAGUUUCAUCCCAUGGGAUAUUGGUUACUUGCUUCUGGCCCAAAGGGCCUCAGCAGGUUUUAGUCAAGCAAUUCCGUUAAAUGUUCAGUGUCAAAUGAAGUGACAUCUAGUAGCAUAAACUAAAGAACUGAAUGGUAUAUUUUACUAGCAUAUCUGGCAACUGAUGUGUGUGUUGUCCCUUUUGCACUGCCAUUUUCCAUGUCAACAGUGGACACUUAAGGGAGUUGUAGAUAUUAAAGGGUACCAAACAUCAAACUGUGAAGGUUUCCAGUUCUAGGAUGUAAUUGUGCUUUUGUUUUUAAACCUGGAGAUAUUAACUGUUCUUUUCAACACUCUUCUCUGAUGUGUUUAAUUGUUUUAGCCACCAAACCCUCUGAAAGGUCAUAGUUCAUAUUCCAAACAAUAGAAAUAGUUUGUUCUCACUUUAAUGCUGCUUUUUGAUUUCAUGUACCUUUCUACAGAAUAUUAAUUUCCCUCAAACACUAUGCAACGAAAGGGUUAAUUGCCUCACUGUAAAUGCUGCACAGACCCACACCCUUCUCAAACUGUUGUGGAUAAUAUCUUGAACUCUUUGUGUUUUGUUGUGCACAGAAUUGUGUUUCAGGUGUAAAAUAGUUCCUUUUUUGUUAGUGAAGCUGAGGGGAGCCAGUGGUUGUUUGAGAAAGCAUCUGUUUUUUGCUGUAAAUAUUUUUGACAACUUUUCUGCAAAUAAAAGCUUUAAAACUUUAA